UCUCCGUGCCGCGCGUGAGAGGAGGCCGCCAGGGUGGCCUUGAGCGUCGGAGACGGGAGUGCACGGCGGCAGUUGACAUUCGUAGACGGCAGGGUGAGGCGUGUCCGCGCCUCUUACGCGCCGCCAUGGUCGGGUGGGUGAGUUCGGUGGUGUUGUCAGUGCUCUCCUGGCUCUUCUCACCGCUGCCGUUAGCGGUGCUGGCCGUCUUAUUCGUCUGCGUCUACUUUUACGUCACCAGGCACUUUGACUUCUGGAGAUCCAGGGGAGUGUCGGGCCCGACCGCCAGGUUUCCCUGGGGCACGGAGAUGGGACCGCCGUUCUGGACCCCCUUUGUCACGUUCGAGGAAUGGCUUUACCACAAGCAAGGUGGUAAGAACAUCUGCGGCUAUUUUGAGCUGUGUUUGCCAGUGCUGUACGUCGGGAACUUGGACCUGAUUCAGAGGAUCACAAUCAAGGAUUUUGAGUACUUUACAGACCGGCGCGAGUUGGUGCUCUCAGAAGUUCUCAGUGAAAUAUUGCUGGCGCUGAACGGCGAAACGUGGAAGGACGCUAGGUCCGUGAUGUCACCAACUUUCUCGGCCAGCAAACUCAAGGGCAUGCUUCAGCUGUGCCUGGAGAACGCCUCAAAUCUGAACGCAUACGUGCAAGAUCAAAUGAAGAUGAAUGGUGAGAUCGAACUUAAGGACUGCUUCGGUCGGUUUACCAUGGAUAAUAUCGCUUCCUGCGCGUUCGGUGUCAACUGCAACUCGUUCAAAGACACCAACUCCGAAUUCGCCAAGAACGCGCAGGAGCUUUUCAAAACUCCUCGCGGAUAUGCUGGCUUGCGGGCCAUACUCAUCCGUCUGUUGGGUUUGAGGUCCGUGCGCCUGCUACCUGACCCCAUUGAGCGCGUCAACGCAUUCUUCAGACGGAUCGUCAAAGACACUUUAAAGCGGCGCGAGGCCGGCAACUCGCGCAAAGACUUUCUCCAACUGCUCCUCGAGACCAAGGACAAGAACGGCAAGCGCAUCCUCAGUGACAGCAGCAUUGUCAGCCAGUCGGUGAUGUUCUUCAUCGUUGGCUACGACACGACAGCCUCGCUGCUAGCGUUCGCCGCGUACUGCCUGGCGACGUCGCCUGACGUCCAGAACGCCGUCCACCGCGAGAUCGACGACGUCCUGCAGCGCCACGGCGGCCAGCUGACCUACGACGCCGUGGCAGAGAUGACCUAUCUGGACCGGGUGCUGUCCGAGACGCUGCGGCUGUACCCGCCGGCCAUCCGCAUGGAGCGCCAGUGUAGCCGAGACUACACAUUGCCCGACACGAACGUGCAUAUUCCGCGCGGCACAACCGUCCAGAUGCCGAUCUUGAACAUCCACCGCGACCCUGAGCACUACCCGGACCCUCUGCGCUUCGAUCCGGACCGCUUCCUACCCGAAGCGAAGGAGGAACGCCACCCGUGUGCCUUCGUACCCUUCGGCAGCGGGCCGCGCAACUGCAUCGCCAUGCGUUUCGCGCUGUUCGAGGCGAAAGUGGCAUUGAUUGCCGUGCUGCGGGAGAACCGGCUGGAGCCGAGCAAGCGGACGCCGCCGCCGCCCAUGCCGCACAGCGAAGAGACGUUUCUGCUGACCCCCAAGGAAGGCAUGGGCUUCCUGCGCGCGGUACCCCGUGAGAUGCAGUAGGCGCCCGCUGUCUGGUCGGGGGCCAAGUUGGCCAAGUAUGACCCACUUACCGAAGUGCAACUUUCAACUCUGGGUGGAGUGAGAUGCCACGUGGAAUGUCAUCUCUGCAAAGUGGUUGACUUUGAAGUAAGCUACUGAACGAUCAGACCAAGACUUCGGCACAAACGCGCUUCGGAGGGUAACAGCUGUGUAUGGGAAUGGCCCCUUGAUGUCAUUGGUCCAUAGAAAAACGGCAAGUCGAACAUUUUUCAUGGAGUGGGUGCUUUGGCUGAUAAAAAUAAGGGUUAAUAUAAUAAUGAAGAAUGUACUUA